AUGCCUGAGCCAGCGAAGUCCGCACCUAAGAAGGGGUCCAAGAAGGCCGUUACUAAAACCGCUGUAAAGGGCGGUAAAAAGCGUAAGAGGUCCAGGAAGGAGAGCUAUGCUAUCUACGUCUACAAGGUCCUGAAGCAGGUUCAUCCUGACACCGGGAUUUCCUCUAAGGCCAUGGGGAUCAUGAACUCUUUCGUCAAUGAUAUUUUCGAGCGUAUCGCCGGUGAGUCCUCUCGUCUCGCUCACUACAACAAGCGCUCCACCAUCACAUCGAGAGAGAUCCAGACCGCCGUGCGUCUGCUGCUGCCCGGUGAACUCGCCAAACACGCCGUGUCUGAGGGAACAAAGGCCGUCACCAAGUACACCAGCUCCAAAUAAAGUUUUCAGCUUUUCAACACCCAAAGGCUCUUUUAAGAGCCACCCACUUUAUCAGAAAAAUGAGCAUC